AUGUUUCGCAACGGAAGCUUAGGCCUACCAGGAUUCGGUGGAGAUGACGAGGAAUACAACACUUUAAAGCAGAAACUCGCGUCUCCGUCCCAGAAAAGCGUGCGGUUACCGCCGUCGUCGUCAGGGUCCGCUGCUUCGUCCGCGUCGAACCGGGAUGUGCCAGCAGCGGGUGCGGCGGCGAGUGCGAAGAAGGCAGAUGUGCAGAAAACGGAUGUUCCUCUGGAAAGUGCACGUACCGCAGCCAAUGUGUCACCUGCCAUAAUCACAGUUCCUAUUGUCCGCCCUGAUAUUUUCAGCGACGCUGCUGCAACUCCCAGCGCCACCGCUGCUGCUCCAGACCCUUCGCCCGACGCCAGUAGUGCGACAGGGAGCAUUUCUAGAAAGGCUAGUAACGAGUCUCGCACUAACGAAUCUGUCCAGGCUGGAAGCAGCGGGGCAGACGAGACGGGGAGUAAGGAGGGGAGCCUACAUGCGCGGCAAGCAGGCACGUCUAAGAGGGUUGCCUUUGCUCUUCCCUCCUUAGAAACAGGCGAGCCAGCGAAGGAAUUCACCAAGGCAGUUCGCGGGCUGCUGAUGGCGAUGGCGGUGAUAAGCACGGCAGGGAAUAGGAGCGCGCGCAGUGGCUGCUAUCGACCAUGCGAUUCACAAGUGAGUCAAGGGGGGAGGGAGGGGGGGAGAGAGGGAGCGGGGGAGGGAGCGGGGGUGGGAACGGGGGCGGGAGCGGGAGAGGAAGCGGGGGAGGGAGGGGGGGGAAGAGGGAGCGGAGGAGGGAGUGGGGUAGCGUACGCUCUGUGGACGCACCAUUACGAGCGCCUGAAAGUGGCAGUCAGAGCAGCCGUGCGCAUCGAGCAGCUCAUGUCGCGGGCCAUGCCCGAGGCGGAAACGGCCUUCUGGGCGUCGGUGCUUCUCUCCAAGGCAUGGCCGCUCUUCCUCAACGCCUCUCACACCCCCCACUCCUCCCUUCCCCCCUUCCUUGUUACAUUGCAGGCCAUGCCCGAGGCAGAGACAGCCUUCUGGGCGUCGGUACUGCUGUCCAAGGCGUGGCCUCUCUUCCUCAACGACCUCGUCUCCACCAAGCUCAUGCCCAAAGUCGCUCCCUGGUUCCUCUCCCGAUACAAGCCUCCCAUGCUCGUACGUCCAUCCGCCUCUACCUUCCCACCCGAUGCCGGAUGCUCUCCCAUGCUGCUCCAUCCCUCCAUGUCGGCGAAGGUGGAGGUGGUGAAGGCCAACUUCGGUGACACAGCGCCCGUCAUCACAUCCAUCAAAGCGUUCCGGGAGGGAGGCGGGCGCAACCAUGUGAAGCUGGAGGCGAGUGUGGAGGAGGCGGCGGCGUGUGCCAACAACAAAACUGUGCUGCCAGCACCGACCCCCCUCGUUGCCUCGCCCCUUCAAUCUCACCUCACCCUCUCCAUGACCAGGAGCUGGAGGCGAGUGUUGAGACAACAUGAGUGUGCGAGCAGCCGCGAGCUGGAGGCGAGUGUGGAAUUGGUGGGGGCGGACAACUUGAGCGUGCAGGCGACUGCUUAUGUGGCGGGCAUGGGCAGCAUCCCCUGGACCGCCUACAUCACCGGGCUGCAGCUCACCGGCACGAUGCGGGUGGGGCUGCGGUUCCGGCGCUCGCUGCCCUUUGUGGACCGCGUGACGCUGAGCUUCGUGCGCCCCCCCCAGGUGUCGUGCGCCAUCAAGGUCAUGGGCGCCCUCGACGCCGGCAGCAUUCCGCUUGUGGCCUCCUAUGUGGUGCGUGCAUGCCAUGGGGUGGGGUGGGAGUCUUGCUUUGCCUAUGUGUGCUAUUCCUGUUGCCCUUCCCAUCCCAUGGCCUUUCCUAUCCCCCCUGGCAACGAGCAGGAGUACACUCUCCAAAACGCCCUCAAGACGUCCCUCUGCUGGUACGUGCCCGUUGUCCCCCUACUCCUCACGCCCAUGACUGUUUCUUCAGACCAAACCGUGCCAUACCAUGUCACAUACCCCAUGCACCAGUAG